UUUCCGAUUCUUAUCAUUUCUCAGAUGUAGAACCUUCCUCAACUUUCUCGAAGAUACCAUAUUUUUAGGGUUUUUUUACCCGCGCAACAUAUCAGGUGCACUGUCAGGUAGACAAGCAGGCAAGUGAGCACGCACAUGCUCAAAUACAUCAUUGCUUUUUCUUGGCUUUUGCUGACAAUUUUCGGAAGCUAAAAAUAUGGUGUCUUCGGGAAAGUUUUUCCAAUUUUAUUGUAGGUUCUACAUCUGAGAAAUGAUUUUGCUGGCACCAAAAUGGAAGCCAAAACCAUAUUCGACUUUUCGGCUGUGGACCUCAACGGGAACGAAGUCAGCCUCAGCAAGUACAAAGGAACGCCUUGCUUGAUAGUUAACUUUUCCACCAAGGAUGCGGCGUGUGAAAAAGUGUUCAACAUCCUAGCGUCACUGCACAAAAAGUAUCACAACGAAACCAGACAAGAUCUAAACAUUCUGCUGUUUCCAUGCUUCCAAUUCGGCGCCAGUGAAUCUGCGAACGAAAUUUUCGCCUUUUUCGAGAGCAACAGCAAUCGCCAGGUUGGAGAUGUUUUUGCUGAGAUUGAAGUCAAUGGCUCUAAAUGUACGCAAUUGUACCAGUUCUUGAAGCAGAAAAAGCGAGGAAACUGUGGGGCGUUUAUCAACUGCAACUUUACGAUGUUUCUGACCGACCGAAAUGGGGUUCCCGUUGAGCGAUUCGGGACAAACGUGCAUCCCUAUUUGCUGGAGGAUGUGAUCGAUCAGCACUGUCGAUAAUCGUUGAGACGGACGUCAAAUGUAUGUUGGAAUAGCUAAGUGAAUAUGGAAAUCUCUAAUAAAGUCUAAUUUUACCGACAA